AUGUGUGAAGAUACACGUUUAUCUCAUUCUGUGCGUAUCUAUCUAUCUAUCUAUCUAUCUAUCUAUCUAUCUAUCUAUCUAUCUCAUUCUUCUGUUCCUUUCUAUCUCUGUACAUAUCUAUCUAUCUAUCAGUCUGUUGGGAUGUCUGCCAAUGGUUUGUUAAUAUCUAUCUAUCUAUCUAUUUAUCACAGUCCGUUCGAUAUCUAUCUGUCUAUUACAGUUUGCGCGUAUCUAUCUAUCUAUCUAUCUAUCUAUCUAUCUAUCUAUGCAAUUUUUCUGUUAAUAUCUAUCUCUAUCUAUCUAUCUAUCUAUCUAUCUCAUUCUGUUUCUAUCUAUAUUCUAUGCGGCAUCUAUUAUUCAAAGGCUAAUUUAUCUAAGUCUGUUCGUAUCUAUCCCAGUCUGUUCAUAUCUAUCUAUCUAUCUAUCUAUCUAUCUAUCUAUCUAAGUCUGUUCAUAUCUAUCUAUCUAUCUAUCUAUCUAUCUAAUCUAUCUAUCUAUCUAUCUAUCUAUCUAUCUAUCUAUCUAUCUAUGUCUGUUCAUUUCUGUCCAUCUAUGGACUUAUCUAUGCGUAUUAAUGUCUGUGUAUUUAUCUAUGUUUGUUCUUAUCUAUCUAUCGAUCGAUCUCUCAUAGUCUGUUCAUAUCUUCUAUCUAUCUAUCUAUCUAUUCUAUCUAUCUAUCUAUCUAUCUAUCUAUCUCAGUCUGUUCCUAUCUAUUAUCUAUCUCAGUCUGUUCGUAUCUAUCUAUCUAUAUAUUGUUUAUAUCUAUCUAUGUCUGUUCAUGUCUGUGUGGUUAUCUAUGUAUGUUUGUUCAUAUCUAUCUAUCUAUAG